UUAUAAAACUUCCCUACUGCAGCUUUAAAUGAAAAUUGGAGGGAAAAAGUAUCUAAACCCACAAAACAAUGUUUUUAAUGAAGGGUUUGUGAUUAGUGCAAAUGCGGAAGUACGCAGCAGCAAAACCCUCUCGGUUUCCUCGUACGUGCCGGUGCGUGUUGUCGUCACCAGGCCGUCAUGUGUUCGCCUCUGUCUCCCUCUUAGUCCGGACAGACUCACAACCUCAGACAUGGUUCCGUGAACCGACACAUGGCAGCUAGCAGCCAUGAACCAAAAAAAACAACUCACCAAAAACUGACGGUGCCUGAGUAGCAGCCUUAUUUCGUUUCUUUCGAGAUUAUUCCAACUCCUGCAAUACCCACAGCUAGCAGCCGGCUGCCGGUCACUGUCAGGGGGAGAGGCGCUCUGAAACCCCCUUCGGUUUUUUUUCUCCGAUAUUUCGCUUUUUUCCAGUCACUUUUAAGUUUCCGCCUCCUCUAACCGACGCUCAACAUGGGUGUUCAAGGUUUCCAAGAGUACAUUGAAAAGCACUGCCCCAGCGCUGUGGUGCCGGUGGAGCUCCAGAAGCUGGCCCGGGGGAGUAUGGUUGGUGGUGGCCGGCUGAGACCCCCUCAGACUCCGUUGAGACUGCUGGUGGACGCCGAGAACUGCCUCCACCGGCUCUACGGAGGCUUCUACACCGACUGGGUCAGCGGGGGCCAGUGGAACCACAUGCUGGGCUACCUGGCCGCCCUCUCCAAGGCCUGCUUCAACGGCAACAUUGAGCUCCUGGUGUGCUUCAAUGGCGCCCUGGAGAAAGGCCGUCUUCACGAGUGGGUCAAGCGGCAGGUGAACGAGAGGCAGACCGCCCAGCAGAUCAUCAGCCACGUCCAGAACAAGGGCACCCCGCCGCCCAAAGUCUGGUUCCUGCCUCCCGUGUGCAUGGCCCACUGCAUCCGACUGGCGCUCCUCAGGUUUCGCGUCGGGGUUGUCCAGAGCAUCGAGGACCACCACCUGGAAGUGAUAGCCUUGUGCAGGGAAAACGGCUUUCAUGGCCUGGUGGCCUACGACUCGGACUACGCCCUGUGCAACAUCCCGUACUACUUCAGCGCGCAUGCCCUCAAACUGAGCCGCAACGGCAAAAGCCUCACCACCAGCCAGUACCUGAUGCACGAAGUGGCACGGCAGCUUGAUCUCAACCCAAAUCGUUUUGUCAUUUUUGCAUCACUUUUAGGAAAUCACAUACUGCCUGAUGAAGACUUGGCUGCCUUUCACUGGAGCUUACUUGGUCCAGAGCAUCCAUUAGCAUCUUUGAAGGUGCGUGCCCACCAGCUUGUGCUCCCACCCUGUGAUGUUGUAAUCAAGGCUGUGGCCGACUACGUCCGCAACAUCCUAGACAUCACCGACCUGGAGGCCAUCGCUAAGGACAUCUUCAAGCAUUCACAGUCGUGCACUGAUGACAAAGUCAUCCGCUUCAAGAAGGCGGUGGAGUAUUACUCAGUGGCCAGCAAACCCCCCCACUUCCCUCCACACUUAGUCAGACCAAAACACAUGGGAGUGCCUGCUGCAGUGCCAUCUCCAAAAAUGCUCAACAUUCCACAGGUGCCGCUGCCUGUAAAUCCUGAGGUUCAGCACUCGUGCCCGGAGCCUCUAGUGGAGCGCAGCCUGGCCCUGGACUCCGUGGAGAGAGGCCCCGUGGAGCAGAACAGCUUCAGCAACAUUCCUCAUGAAGGGAAGCACACACCGCUGUAUGAGAGGUCCUCUCCCAUCAACCCGGGCCAGGCCGGCAGCCCCAACCACACAGAGGCCGCUUUCUUCAACGCCUCCUCAACAUCCUCCUCCUCGGAGAAUGAAGAGAGCUCGGGCACAACUGCCAAUCAUGUUAGUGACCAUAAGGGAGGAUGGGAGAAAAACGGACAUACUCCACAUUCUGCAAACACACCGGAGGGAGACCUGGAGGACCAAAUAAAAGCUGACCUCUGUGUGACCUUCACUGUGAGCCCGGGGUCGCAGGCUGGAGGUCUCCACAGCCUGAAUGCCCAGAUCCCCUCUCUGCUCUCCAUGCCCACCAGGAACCACAUGGACAUCACCAUCCCACCUCUCCCCGCCGUGGCCCCCGAGGUCCUGCGGGUGGCCGAGCACAGGCACAAGAAGGGCCUUAUGUACCCUUACAUCUACCACGCUCUCACUAAGGGAGAGAUUAAGCUAUCAGUCACCAUUGAAGAUGAAGCAAACAAAGACCUGCCUUCAGCAGUGCAGCUGUUUCGGCCGAUCCGUCAAUAUGUUUACGGAGUGCUCUUCAGUCUGGCUGAGGCCAGGAAGAAGGCUGAGAGACUUGCCAUGAGGAAGAACUGCCUCCCUGAAUAUACACAUGUAAUGGUCAAAGAGUGGGCCGCCUACAAAGGCAAGUCCCCCCACACUCCAGAGCUGGUGGAGGCUCUGCCCUUCAGGGAGUGGACCUGUCCCAACCUGAAGAAGCUGUGGUUGGGGAAGGCUGUGGAGGACAAGAACCGCAGGAUGAGAGCGUUCCUGGCCUGCAUGCGCUCCGACACUCCGGCCAUGCUGAACCCUGCCAAUGUCCCCACGCCCCUCUUGGUGCUCUGCUGCGUGCUGCGGUUUAUGUUACAUUGGCCAGGAUUAAGAAUUUUGCGUCGUAACGAACUUGACGCUUUCCUAGCCCAAGCACUUUCUCCUAAACUUUAUGAGCCUGACCAGCUGCAGGAACUGAAGAUCGACAACCUGGACCCUCGAGGAGUCCAGCUGGCCGCUCUGUUCAUGAGCGGAGUGGACAUGGCUCUGUUUGCCAACGACGCGUGCGGACAGCCUAUACCCUGGGAGCACUGCUGUCCCUGGAUGUACUUUGACGGGAAGCUGCUGCAGAGUAAACUUAUCAGGGCCAACAGGGAGAAGGCCCAGCUCAUUGACCUCUGUGAUGGUCAGACUGAGCUGGUCACCAAGGUGGAGAAGAUGCGUCAGAGCAUCCUGGAAGGUCUCAACUUCACUCGGCCACCUCAUCCUCCUCCGUUCCCCCCGCCGCCUCUUCCACCUCCUCACGGGAUGCCUUUCUACCCCCCCACGGGCUCUUUCUACCCCCCACCCCCUAUGAUGCCUCCUCAGGGGAGAAGUAGAGGGAUGCCUGGACUUCAAGGAAUGUCAUCGCAGGGUGGGAAGCUGGAGAUUGCCGGCACUGUGGUGGGUCAGUGGGCCGGAGCUCGACGCAGCAGAGGAAGAGGAGGCUUCCCUGUCCAGGUGGUGUCUGUUGGUGGAGCAAAUAGAGGUCGACCCAGAGGUGUGAUUUCCACACCCGUCAUCAGGACGUUUGGUCGAGGAGGCAGGUACCAGCCUCGAGCCUUCAAGAGUCAGGGAGCGUACCUGGGUAAGCCCGCUCAUAAGCCUGCUCAUACACCUGGACACGAUGCAGCGAAGGAGAGAAAGACGCCCAAGCCAGAGGAAAGGAAAGCCUCCCCCGCGCCAUGUGACAGCUCAACCGCGGAGAACGGCGUGGAGGACAAAGAGCUGGACCAGCUGAAUGGAGACGGAGACGGAGAGGAACACGGGGCUCUCAUCCAACCCGAAAGUGCCUUUAGCAGCGACUCCAAGACGUGCAAUUCUAAUCCUCACUUAAAUGCACUAAACGUAGAUGGCGGCCGCCAUAGAGAUGAAGGUCUGGAGGCCGCCGUCUUAAAAACAGAAGAGUAAGCCUAUUUUUCUAGAGAGGGUGAAGGAUGAAAGAUGGAGCCGUGUUAGGAUAUCUAGAAAUUUGGAACGCCUACAGUCGAUUUUUCCUGUCAAAGAGGAGAGAUAAAAUUCGGAUCCCUCUCAGUAAACCGCGAGACGUACGACACACUGCUAAUUUAAGGAGUCGUUCACUCCCUCGUCACCACGAUUUCUACACAUUUAUGAGAUACUUUUCAUUAGAAGAUUGAAACAUUUUAGUUCCUAUAGGUUGAUAUCUUCCAGUACUCGGUGCCAUGUGUUCGCCAUAGUACGGCUAUCAAAUUUUGUGUUGUCACGAUAACUGCUUAACAGAAACCAAGCGCAUAAUGAGGAAGCAACACGCCACCACUUUGCGUUGGGUUCAUGUUUAAGUAACUGUGUCCGUUUAGUUCAGUCAUUUAGCUGUAAGUAACAUUUGAAGAAAAGGCUCUGAGAAUCCGACGCAGAAGAUCUCGUCAAACCGAUCCACCCAGCCCGGGUUUCUGGAAACAAACAUAGAGCUGUAGUAUUACCGCUUCAACAAAAACCUUCUGCAUGGUUCGCAGUUUAAGAGGUGUGUAGUUAUUCUGCAUGUUGUCCUUUUUCCUCCAUCUUUUACAAAGUACUGUGCCCAUUUGCAAAUUUAAAGAAAUGGCUGAUAUCAGCGAUAGCCCAUAAAGAUGUUAACUGUUAGUGACAGAUUUGUUCUGACCUUGAUUUGUUUGUGAUACUGAUCUCUGUUGCAUUUAAUUAAAAAAAAACAGAAGUUAUCUCGCCACUUUUGAAAUAGUGAAUUCACACUAUAUAGUUCUCUGUUGCUGUUUUCUGCAUUUAGUCAAAUAUCUGAAAAAAAAUCCCAUAAAAAGCUUAGAAUCACCCCUUUUUGUAGCUGAAAGCAACUUGCUCGACCUUCCAAUUAAGACUUUAGCCAUCAUCCGCUAAUCAACUUUGAGAUUUUCUUUAGUGUCGUUUUUACAGUCGCCCUACUUCUGCACCAGAAUCAUCAUUUAACAUUUUAAUUCUCCUUUUCAUCUUUCAUUAGUGAUCAGAGAAACAGUGUACUCCCCCCAGUCCCCCCCGCAAGAGCUAAAUAGGUUACCUUCUAUGUAAGUUGAUCAGAGUUUCUUCCUAACUCAUGGGUUGUAACAGAAUGAACUGCUGUUGGGAUUGAUUGAGUGUUGAUGGAUUGUGGCGUGGUGUAUUUGAAGGCAACUUAGCUACAAUGCUUAAUAAAACUAUAUUCUUUUAGUACAA